AACAAUUAAACAAUAAACCCCACCAAUAUUUUUUCCAAUAAAAAACCCCCACUAAUUUAACCCCAAUCACCAAACCGAACAAACUUAAUUUUUUUAAAAACUCCGUCCAUUUGCAAAAUAUUUUUAAAUACUUUCUGUCCUUGUUUAAAUUAACACCAAUCGAUCCCUUUUAUUUCCUCGCGCAUUUCCCAUCUCUUCGUCUCCUUCCUUGCAUCUCUCCCCUUGUCGCCUCUGUUCUUGAAUUUCUCGCCGGAAUACGGCCGGCGAGGCGAAGCUCGCCGGAGAACCGCACCGCAUCGGCGGCUAGCUUGCAGAGUCCGUCCUCCGAGUCUGGGCUCUGAAUUCAGGGUCGGGAGUCUGAAUUCCAGGCGCGAGGUAGUGUUCAUAGAAGAGUCCACGAUGGCGACAACGGAGGCUUCGCCGGCCGCGGCUGAUGCCGAGCAGCCGGCGCCGGAGACGGCGACGACACCGACGCUGGCGAGCUCUCAGCCUGCGCCGGCUGCUCCUACGGCCGCGCCAGCGGUGCCGGCGGCUGUUGCUGGGAGAGGAGACGGGAAGAGGAAGCGGGGGAGGCCGCGGAAAUACGGGCCGGACGGGAGCCUGCUGCGGCCGCUGAAUGCGACACCGAUCUCGGCGUCGGUGCCGGACGACGCGGGCGGGGCGCAGUACACGCCGGCUGCUGCCGUCGGGGCCGUCAUGAAGAGGGGCAGGGGCCGCCCGGUGGGGUUCGUCAGCCGCGCGACGCCAAUAUCCGUGGCAGUGACGGCCGCCGCGCCCACUGCUGCGGUGGUCGUGUCAGCGCCGGGGCCGCAGCCACAGCUCGGGCCACUCGGUGAAUUGGUAGCUUGUGCUUCUGGUGCAAAUUUUACACCUCAUAUCAUUAAUGUUGCUGCUGGUGAGGAUGUCAAUAUGAAGGUCAUAUCUUUCUCCCAACAAGGUCCAAGGGCAAUUUGCAUUCUAUCUGCCAAUGGUGUGAUUGCAAAUGUUACACUGCGUCAACAGGACACCUUAGGUGGUACAGUUACUUAUGAGGGCCGGUUUGAGCUGCUCUCCUUGUCUGGAUCUUUCACUCCGUCCGAUAACGGCGGCGCCACCAGAAGCCGCUCCGGUGGGAUGAGCGUCUCCUUAGCGGCCGCCGACGGUCGUGUCAUCGGAGGCGGAGUUGCCGGCCUCCUCGUGGCCGCUAGCCCUGUCCAGGUCGUGGUAGGAAGCUUCCUCCCGAGCUACCAGCUGGACCAGAACGCCAACAAGAAGCCGGUCAUCGAGAUCACGACAAUUUCGCCGGCGCCGACGCCGGCGACCGUCGGGUUCACGAUCUCCAGCGGCGACAUGGAGGACUCGUACAGCGGCAGCCAGCACCUGCGGUCCGGGACGGCGAAAGGGAGCUCGACGGCGGCGGUGUUCAAGGUGGAGAACUGGACGGCGCCUGCGCCGCAGCAGCCGGCGGCGCCCGAUCAGGCGAGGAAGACGCCGCCGCCGGCGUCUGAGGCCAAAGUCACCGUCCCCGGUGGGUGAGGCUUGCGGAUCAUCCCGCGGCUCGUCGAUCGGCUUGCACAUCAAUCUCCAUCACAUGCGUGCCGGCCGAUUGAACCACUUGCAUGAUGCAGUCCUUCAGGGAUAGCUAGCUCUCUGAUGACAAUCAGGGCCCUGCAGUUUAUAGGGAAUAUAAUUCAGUAAUUCAGCAACCCUCAAUGAUGCCAUUUCAGUACAAAAUGGAUUGAUUUACUUGCACAUUGUCAGGCGCGUGAAGAUGCAUGCUACUAUAGCUCUUAGUAUUAAUUAGGUGUUGACAUUUUAUUUGCACGACGCUUAUACAUCCAUCCUAGUAUCAA